AUGGGUUUAAUCAUAACUACUCUGUUAAACUCAUUUCUGGGGAAACGUGAUGUGCGCAUUCUGAUGGUCGGUCUUGAUGGUGCCGGCAAAACCACAAUACUCUAUAAACUGAAAGUGGGCGAAGUUAUCUCAUCCAUACCGACAAUUGGUUUCAACGUGGAGGUCGUCGAAUAUAAGAACAUACGUUUCACAGUUUGGGAUAUUGGCGGGCAAAUGAAAAUUCGACAUCUUUGGUAUCAUUAUUUUCCCAAUACAUCAGCCGUUAUAUUUGUAGUAGAUGCAGCCGAUAUUGAUCGUAUAUCUGAGGCAAGGCUGGAAUUGCACACCAUGCUGGAACACGAUGAUCUUCGUAAUGCCGUGCUCUUGGUAUUUGCAAAUAAGCAAGACUUGCCGCAUGCAUUGAGUGUUAGUGAAUUGGCAAAAAAUUUAAGUUUGCACCAAUUGCAGCAAGAAUGGUAUGUCCACGCCACUUGCGCUGUCCUAGGUAACGGCCUAUAUGAAGGCUUGGAGUAUUUACGUGAAAUGUUACAGCGCAAAAGAAUAAAUCAUGGAAAAAUAUUUUAUUAUUCGUUUCAAUUUGCGUAUAAAACUAUGGGCCAACGGUGGACACGAUUUAUUGGACGUUUCUUCAGUAAACCAAAUCGCGAAAUAAAAGUUGGUAUGUUGGGUUUGGAUAAUGCUGGAAAGACUACCAUAUUAUAUCAGCUUAAAAACGCGAAAUCUCCAGAAGAAAUUGUGCCGACUAUAGGUUUUAAUGUGGAGACAAUACGAUGUGGUAAACAUUUGCUGAAUAUCUGGGAUGUCAGCGGCGGUAAACCAAAAACCCGCCUGCUCUGGAAACAUUAUAAUCAAAAUACCAGAGCUAUCAUUUUUGUUGUGGACGCAGCUGAUUUGGCAAGGAUUCCACUGGCAGCAGAGGAAUUGAGAUGGUUAUGGUGGCGUAAUGAGUUGGCUCACGCCAUUUUUUUAAUAUUUGCCAAUAAACAAGAUUUGGCUAACGCUUUAAACGCCCAAGAAAUUGUGCAAGUAUUAGAAUUAGAUACAUUGCAUCAGCAUCUAUGGACAGUGCAGGAAUGUUGUGCUUUAACGGGGGCUGGAUUAUGGCAAGGAAUGCAACAGUUAAUGCAACUGUAUGAAGAACGUGCGAAAACUUGUAGUUUACGUUUAAUACGUAAAUAAUUAAUAAAAUCAGGAUAUAUAAAAGCAAAUAAUUUACCUUCAAAAUUUUCUAAUAUGCUUUUAACAUCAUCUUUCAAGCGUGUUUGAUACGAUUUCAGGAGGGCUUCUUUUGAC